UUUCAAAACCUUCUUGUCGUCGUCGUCCUCUGUCACACAUGGCCACCGGCGGCGGCGGCGGUGGCGGGGGAGUGGGAGAGGGUGAGCUGGGCGCGAAGGAAGGAGUGGAGGUGAGGUCUGGAGGUGGCCCCUGCCGCAGGUUCUUCGUGGCGGUGCACGUGGGCGCCGGCUUCCACGCGCCGGCGAACGAGAAGGUGUACCGCCGCGCCAUGAAGCGCGCCUGCCUCGCCGCCGCCGCCGUCCUCCGCGAGGGUAGUGGCACGAGUCUUGAAGCUGUUGCAGCUGCCAUUCGAGUGUUGGAGGAUGACCCUAUUACAAACGCUGGCCGGGGCUCAAGUUUGACUGAGAGUGGUCGGGUGGAAUGCGAUGCAAGUAUCAUGGAUGGAAGUACAGGUUCUUACGGAGCUGUUGGAGCUGUGCAAGGUGUAAAGAAUCCCAUUGAUGUUGCAUUGCACUUGGCAAAGGAACAAAUGAUAGGUUCUUCACUGCUUGGACGGAUACCUCCCAUGUUUUUGGUCGGUGAAGGAGCAUGCCAAUGGGCAAAAUCUAAAGGGAUCAAUGUACUUGGAGCUACAUCCGAGGAAAAUAAUUGGUUAAUGACUGAGAAUUCAAAAGCACAGUGGGUAAAAUACAGCUCACUUCUUGCUAGUGCCAAGGAAUUGGUUAACCAUCCCACAGGUUCUGCUUCAGAAUCUAGUUCAGUACAGUUGGAAGUAUCAGGAACUCAACCUGAGAAUUUGGACAAUGUAAAGAAGAUGAAGAAGACAUUCACAAGAUCAAUCAUGGAAGAUGAUCAAGAUUGUGUAAUGGAUACUGUUGGUGCUGUUUGUGUUGAUGACUUAGGAAAUGUAGCAUCAGGAGCGUCUAGCGGUGGCAUUGCACUAAAGGUAGAUGGCCGAGUUGGGUUGUCUGCUAUGUAUGGCUCUGGGUGCUGGGCUUCAUCCAAAGGACCCUUUGGCACACCAUUCAUAAUUGGGUGUUGUGCAACCGGAGCUGGCGAACACUUAAUUAGAGGAUUUGCUUCCCGUGAAUGCUGUAUCUCAGCGUCACUGUCACAAUCUGGCCCUGCUUCCUCCUGUACCAAAGUUCUGCGCUCGGCGGUUCAAAGCAGCAGCGAGAUGUCUCAUGAUACAGGCGCUGGGCUGCUGCUAGUUCAGGCUGACGUCCUAAAGAGAGGGGACUUGCCUGUACUGGACUCCGCCGAGCUUAUUGCUGCCUACUCCUCCCAAUCAUUUGGCAUUGGGUAUUUCGGAAGCAAUAUGAACAACCCAAAGGUUUCGAUGCUUAGGGACUCGAGAACUUCGUCCAGUUCCAUCCAGCAUUUUGCUACUCGCGUUAAUUUUGGCACACCAUCCACUGAACAAUGACGACGACGACGACGAGCCGGUAAUCUCCCAGGCAUGAAUAGGGCAUGGUGGUGUUGCAUUUGAUCCCAGCAGGGGUCUCACCUCAUUCCUUUUUUUUGUAGGGAAGCGUAAUACGUGAAGAGAUUUUCUGUAGGGAAUUGUAAUAAGUAAAGAGAUUUGAACGGAUUUUUCUACUCAAAAAGAUUGCUCGGUGAAAGGUGUGAUUCAUUUCGAUCCUGACACCAA